GGGGGAACCAGCAUGGCGUCGUUCGAGACACGCAUUGACAAGCCCAUUAAUUUUUUCUCUGGUCAUGUCGAGUCCAUUUGGCUAAGCAUUAAACAUGCGAUUCGUGUUCAGCUGUAAAUACUUUUGUACUCAUAUCUUGCUGAAGUGAUGGAUACUAUUAACCUGUCUUUAAUCGUGAUGCUGUCAUUGCUGACUGCUCUCAUCCUCUUGAUGCGUUGGUACCGACAGUAUCGUCUGCACCACUAUGAGGUUCCUGUCUACGACUUUCACAGAGGCCAUCGUUUUUUCAUGGUGGAUAUGUUUGCGACACCAACAUACUGCAACAUUGACCAUACACAUAUUAUCCAUGGUGCACAGUGUGAUUCUUGUGGAAUCUGUGUAAAUGAUCACAGGAUGAUCGAAGCAAAUAAAAGAAUUCUUUGUAAAAUACCAUCAACAAAGAGUGCGCAACUGCUUCACCAUUGGGUGCAAGGCAAUCUUCCAUUAUGCAGCAAGUGUGCGGUGUGUGGAGAGGAGUGUGGGACACGUCCAGAACUGGCUGACCUCAGGUGCUGUUGGUGUUGUCGCACUGUACAUGACCUCUGUGCUGCCAGACUCAGUGUGUGUGACAUGGGAAGAUUUAGGCGACUUAUUGUGCCUCCAAAUUGCAUAGAGCUCACAUGGAAAGGUCUAAAAGGUACCCGGCAGCGCCACCUGGUGGUGAAGAAAGUGAAGCAUCCAAAUAUUGAGGACUGGACACCUCUCAUUGUUAUUUCUAAUGCAAAAAGUGGCAACAAUGAUGGGGAACUUCUGCUGCGACAUUUCCGUUCAAUUUUAAACACACCACAGGUAAUUGACGUGCAUGAGAUUCCUCCAGAAAGUGGUUUGGAAUGGUGCCACCUCUUGCCUGAUGUUUCUUUCUAUGUUCUUGUCUGUGGUGGGGAUGGCACCAUUGGCUGGGUUCUCAAUGCGAUUGAAAACUUAAAUCUUAAGAAUCCACCAAAGGUGUGCAUACUUCCUUUGGGUACUGGCAAUGAUUUGUCCCGCGUGCUGGGGUGGGGAGAAGGCUAUGCUGGUGAUGUGGAUGUCACAGAUAUUUUGGACAAUGUCCUCAAUGCACAUCCUGUUGAUCUUGACAGAUGGACCGUCAACAUUAGGCACACAAAGCAUUUUGGAUUUGCCCGACCUAAGAAGGAAGUAGUAAUGAAUAAUUAUGCCUCACUGGGAGUGGAUGCCCUUGUGACACUUAACUUUCACAAGAGAAGACAAAACUGGCCGAGGAUUUUUGCCAAUCGUAUUAUUAACAAGCUGACUUAUUUCACGUAUGGCACCAAAGAUGUCUUGGAGAGGGAAUGCAAAAACCUGCACCUGAAACUAAAGGUGGAGCUGGACGGAAGAGUUGUUGACCUGCCAGAGAUCGAAGGACUUGUUGUGCUCAACAUCAGCAGCUGGGGCGGGGGAUGCCGGCCUUGGUUUAUGGGCAAAGAGGACACAUUCUUACCUGCCAGGUACGAUGACGGCUUGCUGGAGGUCAUGGCCCUCUACUCUUCCUUUCACAUCGCUCAGCUGCAGGUUGGCUUAGCCUCCCCCAUCAGGCUGGGUCAAGCCUCCAGGGUCAAGAUCAAACUGAUGGGCGGUAACGCCCCCAUGCAGGUCGACGGCGAGCCAUGGGAACAGCAUCCAGGAGAGAUCACUAUCACGCACCGAGGACAGGCUGCGAUGAUGGCCCUCGACUAGCGAGCACUUGCUCGCCAUACACGCCCGAUGUUGUUUGCCUUUUCGGCAACAAGUUUAUGGCAAAGUUGUUUUUGUUUUAAGGCAGUGACAGGAGGUCUUCGUGAGUUGACGAAGUGCUAGCGCGAAGAGCCUCCUCCAUGUUCAGACAGACCUUUCCGAUGUACGCUGCAAGACUGAACGAGGUUCUGUCGAUGGAGUAGUUUUUUCAUCCUCGCACUACGUGCUUGGCGAGAAUAAAUGGCGCACAGCACGUUGCAAUAAGGUGAACAUAGUCAUAGAUUGAGGUGUCUAGGGUAGGGGGAUACCCUAUUAUUACCCAGGUAUUUGAGAGCUCAGUGGCCGGAGGCGUCGUAAAGGGACUAAAAGUUGUUUGUUGUUGUUGUUGUGGGGUUUUUGGUGGUAGGGGGAGGGGCUAGUUCAAAUGAUAUUAUCGCUAUACAGCGAUCUGUGCAAUAUUUGACGACGAAAUAUCACGAUGAAAGUCAAAACUGUGACGAAGUCGUACCAGACAAUUAGUAUUUAUUGCGGUGUUGUGUGUCCGAGGGACGCCGUAUUCUGGACAUGUCCUUUAUUUAUUUUUUUUUUUUCAACGCUUUGGCGAGCGCCUCCUGAACCACAGCGAGCUUCCUGUGCAGUGCGCGGUCAGGCGUGCCAGAGAGAGGCAAUAAAGACUGGUCACCAUCGUGUGCUCCUUCUACCUGCACAUACCUCGCAGGAGGGACAGUACCCGCGGUAGGGAUGUACAAAAAUGUUCAUUGCAUUUUGUUCAUUCUCACUCCGUCAGACCUUUUGUAUUGUUUAUUUAUUUAUUGGGUUUUGCUUUAGCUGUAAGAAAGUGCAAAGUGUGGAAACAUAUGUAUGCAAACUGACUCGUUAUAGUCAUUAUACUGUUAUAGCUGUAAGCACUUAUUUUGUCGUUGUACACGCGCAUUUUGAAUAUUUGUUGGCAAUGUGUCUCUCCUUGGCUCCUCUCCCCAUCCACCCGCACUUCUCCUGCUUGCUCGGGUGUUUUGUCGCAGCUUUCGCGGGUCUCGAUCUCUCUCUCUGUGGACUUGCUGAACUUUGGACCCACGGCCAGAAAGCGAUGCAAUAGAGUGAAUAGACGAUCACUAUGUAGAUGAAAGGAUUCAAUAUUCUACAAUCAAAGGUUGUGAGCAGAUCCCAACCGUUUCCUUCCGCCGCCUUUUAUUCCCCCUCCCUCCCUAAUAAACCAGUUCCCCAUUUCUGCUGUGUGGGCAGGUACAAAGAGUUUUCCAGUCACAUACUCUGCAGGCCUCGAACUCGAAAGAGAUCGGUUCAAACUCCAAGCUAAGGCGGAUUAGCCACCGGGUUUGAGAAUCUUUACAUGAAGGCGGUCAUCCAGUCCUCAACUUGUAGAAGUUGUCACGUUUGCGAUUAAAGUAUACAGGCGACCCUCUUGUCAUAUAUGUUUCCCACGCUGCCGUCAGUCCUGCUCCACACCCAGGGUAAGCUGACUGCAGACAUGGUGAUGACUGCUGCAUCCCAUUUCAUCAGGAUAUACAUCCAAAGUUCACCAGAGGCCACUUCAAAGUCCGUUAUUAUAGGUCUGAGAUAGGUAAACAGGACUUCGUGACUAACUGCCUAUAUCCAGGCUAUUCCAAUACCGUGCUAAGGCAUUUUGUGUCUUGCAAAGCUCUCCAACCAUUUGGGCAUAUGGUAAACGGGAUUUAUUUUUUUAACUUGUGAAAUCUGUGGUUGGAUUUGAGCUUCAGAUGUUGGCAGUUUGGAACCGUAUAGUAUUACAAUAAUAUCUUUUACUUAUCUUUUUUAACAAUGUACACAGAAAAAAAGCUUUUGGUAAAGAAUGCGAAGUGCCUUCAGAUGAGAUUCCUUCAAUCGGAAAGUGUGCACAGCUAUGGAUAGGAAUUGUUAGGUUUAAGACAAAAUGUACGCGUCGGGUCACAUGUCAUUCGUCAGAAAACGAAUAAGAAAGAAAAAACUGACAAUGAGCAGAAAUAUUUUAUGAAACACAUUUUUUAUGUCGCCUGUGAUGAAAGAAAACAUUUAACAGUGUGAUUUUUAAUAUAUUGUACUAUGUGACUUUACAGGGUUUUACGACUACCAGCAGCAUUUCACUGUGGCACAAAGUCUGAGGGAGAAGAGGGUGGGACGGUAGGUGGAUGUUGUAUCUUUGUGCCCAGUCUGUGCUUGCGCGAUACCAGAGGAUGAAGUCCUAGCUGGACUUUCAUUCUUCCAGUCGCAAAGCUGCCUCAGAACAAACAACAUCGUGACUUCUCAUUUUCUCCACUUCCGUCAAGUAAAAUUAGUCCAAGAAAGACGAAGUUGCCGACAUUUUGUGUCCGCAAAAGGUGAUAAUCUGUGAAUAAUGGCAUUACAACGCACAGUGCUAGUCCCUGGUCAGUAUAAUUGUGUAGUGAGUGUAUUUAAUGUUGUCUGAGGUUUAAAAAUAUCACGACCGUACAACUAAAACACAGAUAUACGUGUGCAUAUAUACACUUAUAUGUAUAGACCUAUUUCGAUAAAACUCGGCACCUACAUAUCGUUAAAAAUCUGCAGUUUCAUUGAUUUACUUCAGUUUAUUAAUGUCAGCUGGCAUCUGAUGUGUUGAGAUACAGAUGGACGGAAUAUAUAAGUCAUUGCUGCACUCGGUCUUACUAGGGUACACGAAACCAUCACACUGCUUGAGCCAAGGUGAACAAUUUUAUGACAGCAGCACUUAGCAGCUGCCUGUGUGAUGUCUGGUGACCACAGAGACUGCAAGGCUCGGUCCUGAUGGCCUGUCAUAGGUCGGUUGUCAUGGUGAUACUGUUUAUUAUUCUAGCUUUACUCUUACUUUAUUGUCGUGGCUGCAUGUCUGGAAGUUUGCUCGCACUUCGUUGUCGUAGGCAAAUUCGCUUCUUGCUUGUGCUGAUCUUGUUCGUGAUGUUCGCAGCUUUUCUUCCUGAAUGAAAUAUUUGUGUUUCUCACUCUCCCGGCGAUGUCCAUGACAAGAAACCUCAGUCUGCAGAUAAUGUGAUUUUCAUGUUUUAUUUGUAAGCUGUAUAGUAACAUAUACUACACCACUGCUUUCAUUGUUUGCAGGUGUGCAUGCCGCAGGCUCUACCUUCACUUUCUGCAUUGUUUUUGUUUCACAGUCAGCACUGUAGGGUAGAAACAUCAUGUAACCCGACCCCUGUGGGCAGGGACCCCAUAGAAUCGUAGUUUAGAAAAUGAAGGACGUGUCACGGGGAGGAUAUGGGGUACAUAGGGGGGGAAAACGAAUGGGAAUAAUCCGUUAAAGUCAUACGCCACCUGUUAAAGGGAGAUGCUUUACAACUGACAGAUGCAACAAGACGAAAGGAUAAAUGACAUAUUGCUUGUGAUAUAUUGGAAUAUAAUAUUUCGGAUGGUUCGUUCUUUAGCGUUGUCUUCAGGACCCCAGGACGUUAAAUAUAAGUUGCCGUAGGUAGGUGGGUCGUACGGUUGUUGUUUAAUCCAAGGAAAUUUAUUAUUUCUUUCAUUGUGUUCUUAGAGGUUGACAUGAACAAGAGUUUAAGGUCCUUUUGCUCAGAAAUACAAGCUGGAGUUUGUAAGUGGACACAUUCCAUCGUUACCAAAGAAUACACUGAACCGUUUUAAUUGCCGUUCAGAUUUAACCAUGACCCUGUAGGAUAGGUCUUCACAAGGCGAAACCACGUGUGCUUUGAGUCUUUAGCAGGCAGGUCAAACUGAGGGUCUACCGAGGGCCGCAUGGGUCACGUGUGUUGUCCUGAGGGCCGCACGCGUGUAGUGUCCUGUGUGCGGGCCGCAGGUGUGCUUGCAAGGGCCGCAUGCUUUAUGUGCAUGCCUUUAGUCAUUCAGCGCUCCUUUAACUGCCGGAAAUGACUGCAGUCAUGACAGCACUUCUCUGACUGCCGGAAAUGACGCGCACGUCGCCGUCCUUGCUAUUACAAGCGAGUUUUUGUCCUUUUUGUGAUAUAAUGCGACCAAAAGUACAUUGACAAGUCAGGCGGGAGUAUUUCAAGGUGAUAUUGUUUUAAUAUGUUUCUUUUAUUUUCAUUGAAAAGUCAUUAGUCCGACAUUCGUAACGGUAUUGGUCUUAGCUUCUUUUCCUAACAACAAAUAUGUAUAUUCCCAUGCACACACACACACAGACUGUCUUAACAUGCAUUUGGCCAGACUAGUGAUGAUCUAGCAGUGAGCUAGUCUGGGUGCUAGAUAAAAGAGUUAAGAUAUCUAUAACAUGUUACUCGUCAAGCAUUAGCUGCACUAUCUAGUUCUAGUCUGCUGUCUUCACAACUUCCAUCUGAAGUUGAUUGCUGGUGAGGAUGAAGCUUGACAAGUGAUAUUUAGGAUGUUUGUGUUAGUAUCUUGAUAUCAUGAUCAUUCUCACACAUCAAGUAUUUACUCUUUGCUGUUGUUUUGUUGGAUUACUUUGUUUAUAAUGAUCUCGCUUCUUUCGCCCACGUUUUAGUUUAUUAUUAUUAAUAAACACGUUAUUUCUGUUAAA